CUUUGUUUGUGAUUCGAAUUCGAGAUUGCACCGUAGCACUAUCCAGAUCUCGGGUGGUAAACGGAAAUGGACAAGUCACAGAACCAGAGAGAAGAUAUAUCAUCUGGACAAGCAGUUCUACUUGGGGCUUUGGCUUCUGGUGUUAAUGUUCAAACAUGGGCUGUGCUUAAAUUCACGUUUCUGAUCCUUGGAGUUUGCCUUGUUGCCAUGUUAGGUUUAGCCUUUUCGUCCAGUGAUUCCACCAUGAUCUUUCAUGUUCUUUUACUCGUGCUUCUAGCUGGGGUGCUAUUCUUUCUCCUUAGCGGUUUUCUUGCAGAGACAGGUCUUGUAACUAUUGAACAACAAAUACAGGAGAUGGGUAUGGAUCCAAAAGAUCAAAAUGAACAAAACAAGAAGAGAAGUUGAUGCUGAUGUUCUGCAGUUGCAUAAAUAGUAUUUAAAACUAGAAGCAUCAA